GGAAUAAACGAGUCAUGCUAAUGAAUGAAUGGUGAAAAAUCCGAUUUACUUAUUCACCACCAUUGAUCAUUUGAUCAUAAUGAUGAUUUUUUUUGUAGUAGAGAUUACAAGGAAAUGAUCAACAAAAAAGCUAUUCAUCAUUCACUGGGUGAUGUGGCCGAUUGUAUGCUAUUCUAACCUAGCUAUGUACCGUGUAUAACACACGAAACCUGUGCGGUCUAAAUAGUCAUCAUACGCAAUCAUGUGGUCUUUUUUAUUGUUUACAAGAAUUGAUUUUUGUUUUGUUUUUGAUUAAGAAAAAAAUUCUUAAAGAAUCGAAAAUUUUAUUAAGGAUAAUGAUGCUAAAUUUAAAAUUCAUUCAAAAAUAUCGACAUCUAAACAUGUCAAUGUCACUAAUGGUACGGAAUUUUUGUUCACAACAAAAAAAUGAAUCGAAUCGUAGAAAAAUCGACGGACCUGAUUUACAGCAUUUUUUACGUCAAGCUGAACAUUCGAAACGGCUGCCGCCAUUUGUGAUGAAAUGGGAUAAUGAACCAUACAUUGAACCGAAAAGUUUAUCUGGAAAUAAUAGCAAAGUUUUUAUCAAAACAUAUGGCUGUCAAAUGAAUGUUAAUGAUACAGAGAUUGCUUCAACUAUACUUGAACAGUAUGAUUAUAAAAUUGUCACCAGUAUUGAUGAUGCAGAUAUUGUUUUAUUAAUGACAUGUGCUAUACGUGAAAAUGCCGAAAAUAAAGUAUGGUCCAAAUUAUAUGAAUUGGAUAAAGUAAAACGUAUGGGUCAACUGAAAAAAUUUGGUCUACUUGGUUGUAUGGCUGAACGUUUGAAGAAGAAAAUCGUUGAACAAUUGCCAUCUAUUGAUGUUGUUGCCGGACCAGAUAGUUAUCGAUAUUUACCCAAAUUAUUGGCAAUAAAUUCCUUAAAUGGACAAAGUGCUAUUAAUGUAUUAUUAUCAUUGGAUGAAACAUAUGCAGAUGUAAUACCGAGGAAUCAAUCUGGACAUUCAGCGUAUGUAUCGAUAACACGUGGAUGUAAUAAUAUGUGUUCAUAUUGUAUUGUACCAUAUACACGUGGUCGUGAACGUUCCAGAUCUAUUGAUUCGAUAUUGAGAGAAGUUGAACAUAAAAUUAAUUCCGGUAUCAAAGAGAUUAUAUUGCUUGGACAAAAUGUAAAUAGUUAUCGUGAUUAUAGUAUUCAUAAUCAUAAUGAUGAUGAUGAUGAUCAAUCAUCGCAUCAACCAUCAUUAGCUGAUGGAUUUAAAACAUUGUAUCGUUUAAAAUCUGGUGGUGCUGGUUUCGAUGAAUUAUUACGGCAAGUUGCCCGCAUAAACCGCAAUGUUCGUAUUCGUUUUACAUCACCACAUCCAAAAGAUUUUAAUGAUUCCGUUUUACGUGUGAUUGCUGAUCAUUCGAAUAUUGCUAAAGGAUUGCAUUUACCUGUACAAAGUGGAUCGAAUUUCGUUCUAGAACGAAUGCGUCGUGGUUAUACACGUGAAGCAUAUUUACAACUAGUCAAACGUAUACGUCAUUAUAUACCGGAUUGUGGCCUAAGUAGUGAUUUUAUUUGUGGAUUCUGUGAUGAAACCGAUGAUGAUCAUCGACAAACCAUCGAAAUCAUACAGAAUGUUGGUUAUUAUAUCGCCUAUAUAUUUGCAUACAGUAUGCGUGAUAAAACAUAUGCAUACCAUCAUCUUAAUGAUAAUGUACCACAAUCAAUUAAAAUUCAACGAUUAAUCGAAUUGAAUCAAGUUUAUCGUCAAUUAUCCAACGAGAUGAAUCGACAAUUAAUCGGACAAAGACAAUUGAUACUUGUUGAAGGUAUAAGUAAAAAAUCAUCUCAAGAUGUAUAUGGCCGUAAUGAAGCAAAUCAAAAAGUUAUUAUACCAAAAUCAAAUAAUCAAACAACAAACGAUAUUGGUGGUUAUGAUAUUGGUGAUUUUUUAGAUGUUCAAAUCACUGAUUCAACACCGGUAACAUUAAUGGCCCGACCAAUUCGCAAAACAUCGAUUACAGAAUUUUAUGAAUGAUGAAUUUUAAUUUGACUAUAUUUGUAAAUUUUUGUCUACAAAAAACAAUACGAGAUCACAGAAUUUGAUAUGGCAUUUAUUCUCUCUAUUCAUGUUUGUAUAAAAAUUGUUCCUUUUUUUUGUCCACUAUCAUUGAAUAAAACAUUUCUCCAAUGA